GUUUAAAUCCUGCAGGACAUUUAUGUUGUAUUGUUUUAAGUCUGUGGACCCUUUUUUUACAGUAAAGCCAUAAACGACGGUUCGCAGUGAAAUGUUCUGUACCUUUAAGUUUUACGACGUGUCGUAAACGCGCGCUGUCGUAAACUGUCACGUGUUGACAUCAUGGCUGCUUAUUGAAUGGAGGCACCAUAUUUUUCAGCUUCGAGGCGUCAGUUUGAGAAUCAGCGUUGUUUCCUCUGACAUGUUUUGCUGAUCUUUGUGCGUCACUUCGGUUCUGGUUGGGUUCCGGCUCGUUGCUCCGGGUCGAUGCCCCUGGCGGCGCCGCUGCUCGGUCUGCGUCAUGUUCGUGCUGGUGGAGAUGGUGGACACGGUCAGGAUCCCUCCGUGGAACUUUGACAAACUCCUGAACGACGCCGUCGCCGAGGAGCUCAACAAGAAGCUGGCCAACAAGGUUGUCUACAACGUCGGCCUCUGCAUCUGCCUCUACGACAUCACUAAACUGGACGACUCCUACAUAUUCCCCGGAGACGGAGCUUCUCACACCAAAGUUCACUUCAGAUACGUUGUUUUCCACCCUUUCCUCGAUGAGAUCCUGGUGGGAAAGAUCAAGUACUGCAGCCAGGAAGGAGUUCAUGUGACGAUGGGCUUCUUCGAUGACAUUCUGAUUCCUCCAGAGUCUCUGCAACAACCAGCAAAAUUCGACGAGGCCGAGCAGGUCUGGCUCUGGGAGUACGAGACGGACGAAGGGGCCCACGACCUCUACAUGGACCAGGGGGAGGAGAUCCGCUUCCGAGUCGCCGAUGAAGUCUUCGUGGACACGUCCCCCACGGGCCCGGCCGCCGCAGCCACCGACCCGCCGGCGGCGCCGGGCCAGUCCACGGCGGCGCCGGCGGAGGACGGCAGGGAGAAGAAGGAGGCGCCGUUCACGCUGGUGGGAACCAUCUGUGAACCGGGCCUUGGACUUCUGUCAUGGUGGAACAGUUAGCGUCUUGCACUCUAAGCUGAACCAUUGACUCCUCUCAGUCUGGAGCCGCUUUCAGAACCAGUGCACCAUCUCAUCUCUCAGACUCUCACUGUGAAGUGAAACAGCGGCACCAGCUGAAAACCGACCUCAGAAAUUAUGUUCCGUCGUUGAGGUUUGGACCCUGGAAUCAGAAAACAGGACGUCGGCGCUAAAUCACAUGAACCAUAAUGUCACAGCUGCAGUAGAACGGCACCAACGUGGGUUUGAAUGAUGGAACGUGUGCUGACCCGGUUUCAGCAGGUUGUGUUGUUCUCAACCUUCACUGCGUCUUCAGUUAAACUGCAUGAAGAGGUCAGAAUAUUAGGAACACAUCUGAACAUGAAGCUUCUCAGGUCCCAUAAAAAAAACAUUAAAACCUCUGACGAGUGUUGCUAUUAAGUUAAUUAAGUAGAAGUGAGAUUUGAGGAACUUUGAAGGUUUGUUUUUUUUUAAUUGACCCGUUGCAGCAGUGGCCUGUUUUAUGUUAUUUGUCUCAGUAAAACGCACCGACCAUC